UGCAGUAGCAACGGCAGCAUUAGCAUCCGUAGCAUCAGCAACUGCAUUUGCAGAAAUAGCAGCAUCUGCAGUAGCAGCAAUAGCAGCUGCACUGCAGCACAAGCAACAGCAAUAACCGCUGCAGUAGCAUUAGUAGCAGAGGCAAUAGCAUCAGUAGUGGCAGCAGUAGAAACAGCCGCUGCAUUAGCAGCAAUAACAGCUACAUUAGUAGCAAUAGCAGAUACUUUAGCAGCAAUAGCGCCUACAUUAGCAGCAGCAGCAGCAGUUCUGGAAGUUGUGCUCAUUUCUGGCCAGAUGAAACAGAAUCAGAAAGCUGGAUCACUGUUAACACGCCCUGACAAUCACUUAAUGUUAUUAUUUAUGUUUCUCUUCUUCUUCGCAGUAAACAGAGGUGUCGGGACGAGGUGAUAUGAGCUUCCUGUGUGCACGGAGAUCAUGAGGAGGGGAGGAAAAGGCCGGAGAGAAAGCAGGACUCUUGGUCUGGUGAUUUCUGCAUCACAUUUGUGACUCCACCAUGCACAGGAAUGGAAGUGAUUCCUCCUCAGGGCCGUUACAGUCUCACGUGAGUCAGAAACUUCAGGAAACUUCAUCAUCCAAUCACUACACACCUAAACCAUCAGCAGAUCUACCUACACUCACUCAGGUCCCUGUAUCAGUGGAAAUCACACCAGUGAUGGACGUGGAUGAGUCGGAUUAUCUGGAUGAUCCGUGGAUGAUCACUGCUGAACAGUUAGAUUACUACACUCAUCAGUUCCUCUCUCUACAACCGGACCUCAACGGCCUCGUCCUGGGUACAGCUGCAAAAAGCUUCUUCACCAAGUCCAGGCUGCCCAUUCCUGAGCUCUCUCAUAUAUGGGAGCUGAGUGAUGUGGAUCGAGACGGAGCCCUCACGUUCCCAGAAUUCUGCACUGCCUUCCACUUGGUCGUGGCGCGGAAAAAUGGCUACGCCCUUCCAGAAUGUUUGCCUCGCACCUUACGCACGGCUUUUCUACCUCCACCGCAGGACACUCAGCCUCUCAUCGUGUUUGAGGACACAGAGACUCUCAGAAACUCGGCUCCUGUAGAAGAACUGGGUGUUAAGCAGCAUGAAUCCAGUGAAGAGAAACAUGAAGCAGCAGAUUUCAGUCCCAGCAGAACUGCAGCUUCUGAAGAUCAGUCAUUACAUCCAACAAGCACUUUAAAAACAGAGCCCUCAAAUGAGCUGGAUAUUAAUAUGAAAACAAAAACUAGACCCAGGUCUUACUCCAGCACCUCUGUAGACGAUGCCAUGAAGAAAUCAGAAGAGCCUCCGACUCCUCCGCCGCGUCCUCAGAAAACACACUCCCGCGCUUCAUCGCUCGACCUGAACAAACUCCUGCAGCAGGGUAGAAAGAGCGGCUGGCUUCCUCUUCCUACUCCUCCUCCUCCUCCUCCUGCCCUCCCACCACGAACACUCACCUCACAGAUGCUUCAUGCCAUCCUGCCCUGUGCUGAACAAAACUCCCAGCAUGCCGUGCAGCAGCCCGAUUUUGCAGUCUUUAGUAAGCUUAGAGUUAAGGAGGAUUCCACGGCGCUGUCCCAAAGCCACACCCCUCAGAAGCCGGCACGCCGAAAACCCGAAAACAAGAACACCAGUCUUCCAACAGGAGUGGCAUAUUCAAACCCUGCCUCCUCGUCAGUGCCCAAACCGAGUCAAAGACAGAAGCGAGAGAUCCAAACAGCCAUCAGGAAAAAUAAAGAGACGAACGCCGUCCUGAAACGUCUCAACAGUGAACUGCAGCAACAGCUAAAGGAGAUCCAUCAGGAGAGAGUUACUCUGGAGUCUCAGCUGGAGCGGCUCCGCCCGUCGGCCUCUACUUAACCCCUAACACACACACACACACACACACACACACACAAUCACAUAAAUAUACACACCCUCCCUCUCUCACACACACACACAGACUGGGCUGAAACCAGUGGAAUGUAUUAUACCACUCAGUGGGACCUUAAACCUCCAAACACACACACACACACACACACACUAUCUAGACAAAAGUGUUUGGACACCCCUCUUCCUACUUUGCAGCAGCAGUUUAGGGAAGGCCCUAGGAUGAACCGGAACAUCAACAUCAGUGCCCGGCCAUACAAACACUGUCAUAUUUGGACUGAACAGGCACAAAUUCCCACAGGCAUACUUCAACGUCUUGUGAGAAGCUUAUCAGAAGUGUGGCUGUUGUUCUAGCUGAAAAGAUCACACAGAAGUCACUCUGUUUUUUACAAAAAUGUCUGACAAGCUCAUGGCCGGGUGUCCAAAUACUUUUGACCAUAUAGUGUAUACACACACACACACACACACACACUUAUUCAAACACUGUGACUGACAAAAAGAUGCAAAAACCCAGUAUUUCCUGAGCACUGUGCUUUUUACUGUAAAUGUACUGUUCCUCAGAAAACCGUCGCACGUUUCUCGGUUCAUCUCGGCGAGAUCCUGCUGAUCCAGAACCGAGGUUAGUGGUCCAAACAGUGUGGCAGCAGGGCAUCACUCCAACAUACACUCACAUUUACUCACCCAUAAACUGCUAUAGGGGGAUUUUAGAAGUGCUCAUGAAAUAUGGGAAGAAAUCGGGAGAACCUGCAAAACUCUGCACAGACAGCGACUGGAGGUUCGGCACCUUUUGAAGUUGCCAGUGAUUGAUUCUUAUUUACAGACGGACGACGUUCUGUUUGUUCAUCUACACCUACCAGUAUCUCAGCCAGACAGCAUGGGUCGCUGCUGCAGCAGUAAUGAGUUUAUAAUCCAUCCGCUCUUGCAUCUGUCAGAUUCGGCUGAUUGUGUCUGUCCGGCACCAGGCCGGGCUGGUAGCACCGCAAACUCGGAGUGCGAAUUUAGUCCUUUAUUUUCCUGUCAGUAAAGGACACUUGUUUUCCACACCAGUUUUAAGAUUUUAACCACUUUUUUCCCCUUGACUGGACCAUUGAAGCACCAAAUCUUCUUCUCAAAGAGUUUUAUUGUGGCAUUUUUAAAAGGUGAUUCUGCACACGGUCGAGCAAGCUUUACAUCACCAAGGGCUAUAAAAUCGGCACCUUAAAGCUCUACUAGAGUUUGUUAAAGAUCACAUUUUUCUUCAUUCGGCUGCUCCCGUAUUUAGGCGUUGCUACAGCAGAUCUGGUCCUCAUUCCAGACCUGGCACAGGUUUUUUCGCCGGAUGCCUUUUCCUGAUGCAACCCUCCUAGGUGGCAGCAGUUUACUGAAGAUCCCUUCCAUGCAAAUGCUCUUUAGACCUAAUGGGCAAUAAUACCCACAGACAUACUUCAAAGUCUUGUGAGAGGCCUUCUCAAAAAAGUGGCUGUUUUUAUAGCUAAAAAUAUCACGGUUGGGACGUCCAACAAGCUCAUGGUCGAGUGUCCAAAUGCUUUUGGCCGUAUGGUGUAGUAUAGUAUUUGUACCCGGGCUUGGGACCUGCACUGAGAGAGCACUGAUAAGUGCACCUUCUUAUGCCUGGGCUGUUUGGACCACCUGUGUGUGCUCAGUUUGCAUCUUCUGCAUGCUCAUCCUCUGGGGAGAGUUUUGCAUGUUCUUUCAGUGUCCUCUGGGUACUUGGAUAUUCUCCCAUCUGAUGCACCCAUGGGUUCUGUGUGGCACAGAUCCACCGCAGUUCAAAUGUUAUUUAUUAUUCAGGUGUUUGAAUCCUGUUUUAAGUGAGUUUUUAUCCCUCGUGUGUUUUUUAUAUUUAUGAAUGAGUUUGUAUGAAUUUUGUGCCACGAAGAAUCAGUUUAUUAUUAUUUUAUUAUUUUCUGACGUGGCGUGUGGAAUAUUUUCUAUGCAACGUCUGAUGCUGCAGUCUGACCUCCUGUCGCCUCCGAAGCUUUGAACCCUGAGCCAAAUGAAAACGAGCCUUCACACGUCUGCCAACCGACGGAAAUUAGUGUGUGUGUGUGUGUGUGGUCUUUUGACAUCCGUGUUUUUCUUCUCACUGGUUUGUUUUAAUGAGGCUGUAAAAUCUAUUUUGUUGAAUCGCUGCACAAACUGUAAACUUUUACUUUUAUUAAGGACAGAAAAUAUUUCAUCAAUAAAAUAUAAUGAUUCUGUUUUUA